CCUGUUGCUCUUCAACUGCAUUCCAUAUCAAUCAGCUCUGUCAGUUGAGACUAGCUGUCGCUUCACACAGAGGUCCCUGGGGGAGAAGCAAGUCUACAUGCUAUCGAUACCCCGCUGCUACCUCUCAUCUCAUUCCCGGAAGAUCAGAGGGCACCAUCACUUUUAGCGAGGUCCCGCAUCUUUACCCCUCGACACGAGUCCCCCACCUCCACGCUCCUUUCAAGCAUCGACCUCGAGAGUCUUAAGAGGGGUUCACAAACCGUCUUGACGAUUUCAAACGUCGAAAGGUCGUGAGGAUUCUCGCCUCAGCCAAUCUUUGAACGAUUCCAUCAUGACGUCGAGUACCUUGGCGUCGGGCCCGUCGGUCCCUGUAGUCCAUGGCAAAACGUCGUCAAAGCUGCAGGGACGCUCUCUGCUGUAUAGUGUGUCUGUCUUCCUAUCUAUCGGAGUCUGGCUGUUCGGGUACGAUCAAGGUGUGAUGUCCGGUAUCAUCACCGGCCCGUACUUCAAGGCCUAUUUCAAUCAACCGACACCUGGGGAGGUCGGAAAUAUGGUGGCUGUUCUGGAAAUAGGUGCUUUCGUCACAUCUCUGUUGGCCGCUCCCCUAGCGGACAACUAUGGACGACGAAUUACUCUGAGAUCUGGAGCUUUGGUCUUCACUAUAGGAGGUGCUAUCCAGACAUUCACCAAUGGUUUCUGGGUCAUGAUCGUAGGGCGGAUAUUAAGCGGAUUUGGUGUCGGUCAGUUGAGUAUGGUCGUGCCCAUCUAUCAGUCAGAGAUCUCUCCAGCCGAGCAUCGCGGUCUGCUUGGGUCCGUCGAAUUCACGGGUAAUGUGGUAGGAUACGCCUGUUCUGUCUGGAUUGGAUACGCUUCCUCCUACUUGCAAAACGACCUGUCCUGGCGGAUACCACUGUCCGUGCAGUGCAUCGGAGGGCUCUUCCUUUUCCUCGGCAGUUUCAUCACUCCUGAAUCACCUCGGUUCCUAAUCGACCAGGACCGUGAAGUGGAGGGUCUCGCCGUCAUUGCGGAUUUCCAGGGCAAGCCAUUAGAUCACGAAGAUGUUCAGUUGGAAUUCAAGGAAAUUAAGGAUGCAGUGCUCGCAGAUCGCGCCGUGGGGGACCGAUCCUACGGCGCUUUAUGGAGACGAUACAAGGGCAGAGUCUUGAUCGCCAUGAGUAGUCAAAUGUUUGCGCAGCUGAAUGGUAUCAACGUCAUUUCUUAUUACGCUCCUUUGGUAUUUGAACAGGCUAAUUGGGUCGGAAGAGAUGCAAUCCUCAUGACUGGAUACAACUCCCUCUGUUACGUGGCAUCUACCCUCGUUCCCUGGUUCUUGGUGGACCGAGCUGGUCGUCGGCCAAUCCUUCUUUCCGGAGCAGUGGCCAUGGCGAUAUCCUUGACGGCUAUGGGUUGGUGGAUUUACAUUGAUCAAGCUAUGACGCCAACUGCGGUGGUGGCAUGUGUGAUCAUUUACAAUGCUGCCUUCGGAAUGAGUUGGGGACCUAUUCCAUGGCUAUAUCCUCCCGAAAUUAUGCCCUUGCCUUUCCGAGCCAAGGGAGUCUCCUUGUCGACCGCUACCAAUUGGCUCUUUAACUAUUGGGUCGGUGUCUCGACUCCGCUGCUCCAGCAACUCAUCGCUUGGCGAUUAUACCCUAUGCACGCUUUCUUCUGUUGCGUGUCAUUUGUCCUGGUCUACUUCUUGUACCCUGAAACCCGGGGCGUGGCUCUAGAGGACAUGGACAAGUGGGUGACGAACAACGUGCAAGACAUUUGCUGAUAUUGUUCUUUAGACUGUUCGGUGACGAGAUUGUCGAGGACGAAGAUGAUGAUGAUUACGUUCCUGUGGAUGACGGAGACGAUGCUGGCGACGACGUGUCUGAAUCCGAAGUUUCAUUUGUCAACGGCCGAGGACAAGGCAAGCGUUCAAGAUCGAGAAGCUCGUCUUCGUCACUGCCUAUAUACCACAAUCGGA